AUUGACUGACAGCGAGAUAAAGUCGCACCUUUCUCAGGUGUCCGUCCUCUGUGCUGUGUGGUAAACACGAUAGCCCAUACUUACUUCUGUCCAGAGGAGACCUCGCUCAUGGAGCGGUGACACACUUUGGUUGCCCAGCAUGCAGCAGGAGUGUGUGCCAUGAGAUCAGCCACCGCACCAACAUUCCCGACAAGACCAUCUGAGCAAGACCUGAAAAAUGCCUUAUCCAACAGUGCAGUCACAGGACACAACCACGUCUCCAACUCAUCAAGACCAGCCCAGACCAGAACAAAAUCGUCCACAGACACAUUUCAUUGUAGUUCUUUGUAUCAUCAUGGCCAUAAUCGAGAAAAUGCAGAUAAAUGUGAUGUUGCCGAGGGCCCCGGGAACCUGAACAACCCAGUGAAAGCCUCAAGGAGCCACCAGGAACUCCACAAAGAGCUGUUACUGGCCCACAAAAAGCGGGACAGAGGGCUGGUGGCGUGUUGUAAGCCAGAGCUUCAGAUGGUUUUGGAGAGGAGGAAGAGAGAACAGACCCAGAAGGAGGAGGGAGAACAGAGCAGGAGCCCUCUGGAACAAGUCCUCCUCAAACGCCAGCAGAAACAUCAGGAGAUGAUGAAAGAGAAGGAAGAAGAACAGAAGUUACAGGAGGAGGUUCAGCUCUUGGAGUUUGUGAGAGUGAGACAGAACCUGAAGAAAGUCCAUUCAGCACUGCACAAGCACACUCACUCCUGAAUGUGAUCAGCCCAAGACACUGGCACUGAUCUGACUAAAGGAAUAGCUCAUCUGGCCAUGCAAAUUUAUUUUGGAAUAAUGUACACAGUGUUUUCCAUUAUAUCUGAUAUUAAUCGUUUGUUUUUCAUACAUGUUUGAACAGUUAUAGCUUACAACAAUGUUUUAUUGAAGAUAGAAACCCCCUACAAAAGAACUGUGGCGUUCCCAUGUUACAGAUAUUGUAUCAGAUGGUUAUGCUAUUGUAAUUUUGAUAUAAAGCAUGGCACUGAAUGAUUACUGUGUAUCAUGUACAUACAUGGUUCACCGAUGGGUACUCAUAAAAAAAUGGUAUAGGGGUGGUAAAGAGCAUAAUGCUAAUGCGCAGUCACUGUCAGUAUUUUGGCAUUUGUCUAAAUCAGUUCAGUUACACAGAAGAAUUCUGAAAGAUCACUUGGUCUAUCAGUUGUUGUUCUUCACAUUGUUUAAUUUACAGUGCAAAACAAGGAAGUUUUAUUUGGUUUAUUACAUUAACCACAACCUGUCACUAAAAGUAAAAAACUAAAAGCACCUUUUGUAACUCCAUCUAAUUGUCUGCUGAAUAUUUGAAAUAUAAAUCGUUUUAAUCAGGGGUGUAGAAUCAAGAGCACCAAUUAGAAGAAGAGCAAGUGUAAUUAGUAGAACAUCAGGAAGAAUGACCACAACCAAUAUAAACCUCAAUCAACUGGUCUGAUUUGGUCAGAAGCAUUAUGAGCUUAUGAGUCCGGAAGUCGAUUUCCAAGCUAUUUAAAAUCCACCUUUCCACUUUAUGUUAAAUGAUUUUCAAAUGGAGAAGCUUUCUGGCAAUCUGUCCAGACCGGGCUGACUGACCAAAAUCACCCUAAAAGCAGAGUGCAAGAUGCUUCAGGAAGUCUCAAAGAACCAUCUGGUGUCAUCAAGGGAUCUACAGGCCGCUCUGGCAACAGUCAUUGUGAAUGUGCACCAGUCAAUUAUUAAAAGGAGGCUCUACAAAUCUGGUCUAUGGGAGGUCACCAAGAAGAAUGCCUAAACUUAACCCAAUAACACUUGACAACCACACACUGUCACAAUACUUUUUGUUUUUAUUUUCAACAAUUAUGCUUUUUAUUAUCAUUAUUAUUAUUAUUAUUUCAAACCUAACAAACUUCUAUUUGUGAAAUGUUUUGCUUGAAAAGUGUGCUCAUGCUAUACUUCUUAAA